UCAUCCUCCCUAUACUCAUAUUCAUUCCCCAUUCCGCUUCGACCUCCACUUGACAUCCGAUUCCUCAUCGCCAUGUGCAUUCUACUCUGGACGCUGCCCGACAGCAACCACCCUCGCUUCAAGUUUGCAUUCGCAAGUAACCGCGAUGAAUUCAUGGCCCGUAAGGCCUCGCGUGCUGCGUUCUGGGACCUGAAUUCUAUUCUUAAGCGAGCCAGCUUGCCCUCAGAAUCAUUGGCUGGUUCUCCAGAGGCACCAUCUUUCGGCUUACAGUCGAACGACACCGCAGUCGGCAUCCUUUCUGGUCAGGAUCUUCAGCCUUCGCAGGCAGAAAACUACACCAUUAAAGAGACCGAGAUGGACGCUGUCACAGAAGAAGAAAGGAUCACCAUGACCCUCUUGACCAACGAUGUACCUGGCACCUGGCUAGGUAUUACAACCCACGGCGAUUUGGUGGCAUUGACCAAUUAUCGAGAGACCAUGGCAUACAUGGCUCAAACCCGGGGACCAAAGCUAUCGAGAGGCAAAGUGUGUGGCGAGUACUUGAUCACGAUGGCGGCUGCGCACUUUGGCUCGAACUCGGAUCUGUCCAAGAAUGGCUCUCUAGCUGAGGAUCGAGCCGAACAAUGGAUCAGGAAGCGGGGUGUGGGCUGGGAGGAUGAAUUUGAAGGGUUGAACUUAUUGGUGGUACAGAAUUCUGGAGACCAGCAAUGCGUUGGCGGCAACCGAGAGGGAUCCGGUCUAUCUAUCUUCAAGAAGAAACAGAACACUGCGAAUGAAAAUGAAGCGGCAGCGCGCAACAAGCGAGUGAUUUCACCAGGAUCUGUUGUCGGUGUGAGCAACUCUGUCUUUUCUCGACCAUGGACCAAGGUCGAAAUUGGUGUGGGGGCUCUGGAGAAAGUCUUGAACGACAGUCUGACAUUGUUCGGUACCGGACGCCAUGCCUCGUUUCAAUCUCAAUCCCGAGUGGAUUCACAGCCAACAUCUCCAGCAACACCGGGGCCCAUCGUGGACGGCCAACCCUUGGACGAUGACACCAAGGAAUUGGCAUGGUUAGUAGUCGAGAUGUUGACACUCCUGCGUGUUAAUACCAAACCUUAUCCAAAGGAAGGAUUGGAGCUUCUGAGCGCCUUGAUGGGUCUCCGAGAGCGCGUCUUCAUUCCCAGGAUUACAAUGGGCAGUGAGUACGGUACGAGGUCCAGCACGGUGGUUCUGUUUGGACGUGAUAGUCGGCUUGCGGUGUAUGUGGAGAAGAUAUGGUAUGGUCCAAUUGAUGAGACUACGGGCGAGCGGGUCGAGUUUGCAGCCGACAGUGCUGAGGGAUUGAUAUGGUGGCAGGGUUAUGUGGGUCAGCCAAAGGAAGAAUGGAAGUGCAUCGAGGGGCAGGAACUCGAGAAUUUAAUCCGCAUCGCCAAGGGCGUACAGCAGGUCAAAAUGCACAGCUAAAAUAAACAACUUGGAACAUUUUC